UCAGAGCGCCCCCUUAAGUAAUGUGUUCCCAUCAGAGUGCCCCAUACAUCAGGCAUUCCCAUCAGAGUGCCCCCUUACAUCAGGCAUUCCCAUCAGAGUGCCCCCUUACAUCAGUGUGCCCCCUUACACCAGUUGUCCCCAUUAGAGUGCCCCAUUAUAUAAGGCUCCCCCAUCCCGGUGAUACCUUACAUAGGGUGUGCCCAUCAGCGUGCCCCCUUACAUUAGGUGUGCCCAUCAGAGUGCUCCUUUACAUCAGUUGUCCCCAUCAGAGUGCCACCUUACAUCAGGUAUUGCUGUCAGAGUACCCCCGUACACUC